UAGGUGCCUUGCUCAAGGGCACUUCAGCCGCGGCCCACUGGUCGGGGCUAGAACCGGUGAAGCACCCGAUUUGGUUCCCCGUGCAAUUAAUUUUUCCCCUCUAGGUCUUUACACGGAAGCUCUAGUCGGUUACCGUAGCUGAAAACACGGAAAACGCAAUACAGCACUGUGAAUACGCACGGUAACCUAGCAACAACGCAAGAACUUCAAAACAGUGGCGUAAAGGAAACAGGAUUUCCGGGGGAACCAAAUCGGGUGCUUCACCGGCAACCCUCCGGUUAUAAGUCCUGAGUGCUAACUAGUGGGCCACGGCUGCCCUAUGUGUGCGGAAUGAACAAAUAUUUUGACCACUGACUACAUAGCACAAAGUCGAUGGAUUUGCCAUCCUCCUCUUACUCAGUAAAUAUUAGAUGUCAGUGUUUGCUCUAUACAGUUCACACAGAGACACAUUUCUUGCAGGGAAUGCACCUUUUCCCCUUCUGUCAUGCCUUGAAUCCUGUGUGUGUUUUACCGGCAGAUAACAUGGUACAACACGACUGGAGCAGCCCAUUGAGAAGUGGGACACUGGAGGCCAGGAGCGACAGCCCUGAACAGCCUCUGAGCAUUGAGGACAAGGUGUGCAAAUAUUGUACAAUGUUCAAGCAGUCAAGGACAGGAUUCAACCCUGAUGCAGAUCAAAGAGGAAAGGCUGGAGGAUGACUUAUGGAGCCAGGAAAUAGAGCCCAUGAAAUACGAGGUCAACAUUGCUGAUGACUCCCGUUUCAACCAGCGUCUCUAUGCAGAAAGCUCAAGUUCUCAACAUCUCAGAGAAUCAACCCCAGGACAAAACCAUACAUCCUACACCUUCACCCAGGACCCCCCCACACAUGUGUCGUUCAUACCAAAUGCAAACCCCCAUCUCACACUUCCCAGCAUCUCAAACGCACCCCUGACGUACACACAGCGCUCAAAUACAUAUCCCUCGGACCCUGCCACAAGCUUUACAGGCGUGCAUGAGCCACGGCUCAGCCUCAAACAUGCACAGACUACCAGCCGAGGCCGCACACAUGCACAGAACUGUGAGGAGACAGUGGAGUUCGGCGAUCUGAGGCUGAAGGCUGAGCAUCAGGAGGGGAAGCAGGCGGCCAUCUUGGGUCACCAGGGCAUCGGAGUUCACGCUGCGACUGGACUAGAGAAACAGACUGAGAGCCAGGCAGUGGACCAGGAGGACGCUGACCUGUGGGGUCCCCUCACGGAAGAGGAUGAGGAAGAGGACAGCGAUACGAACCAUAGCUUUGACGACCUGCUCUACGGGGUGGAACAGUACUCCCAUCCCCAUGGCGACAGCCCAGGAGACGUGCUGCAUGUAGACACCUCACAGACGCCACCUUCCAUGGAGGGAACCAGCAUGGAGGGCUUCGCCGUUGCUCCAGGGACCGAUAUGGCCAUAACACAGCCUCAGCUACAGUCUCCACAGAGGACGGCUCAUCAGGGACACGCACAGGCGAGACGGCCGGCGCCCCCUGGUGGUCCACAGUUCCACCCGCGCCUGCCCCUGCCCCCUCCUGAGCUGCCCCUCCACGUGUGCAGCAUCUGCAAGAAGGGCUUCACCACCUUGUCUUACCUGCGCAAGCACCUGCGCAGCCACUCUGGCGAGAGGCCCUUCACCUGCUCCAUCUGCUUCAAGCACUUUCUGUGCUCGUCGCACCUGACCAUCCAUCUGCGCACGCACACGGGCGAGCGGCCGUACGCCUGCGGUACUUGCGGCAAGCGGUUCACACAGCAGAGCAGCCUGAAGACGCACCAGAGCGUCCACAGCGGCCUGCGGCCCUACCGCUGUCCCCACUGCGGCAAGAGCUACACCCUCAUGCACCACCUCAAGAGACACAUGGGCACGCAUGAGAAAUGCUAAAGACGAGAGCAACACCCUGAUGCACCACCACGAGAGGCGCAUGAGAAAUGCUGAAGACGAGAGCUACACCCUGAUGCACCACCUCAAGAGACAC